GCCACAGUCGCAGCAGCAGCCGCGCGGAACGGCGCCACACUACUUCUACCCCCGCACCGGGCCGGUGCAGGCCACAGAGGCCCCACAGAGCACGGAGCCAACACGCGGUCCGUCCACUGAAGGUGCCGCCAUGAAGCUGUUGUUCGUGUCCGUUGGCGCGGUGGCUGCCAUGCUCCUGAUGCUGGCAGAGGUUGAGCUGUCUGGUGCCCGCUCGGCCUCAUCACCGGCGAUUCGAGAGCGUCGGAGUGCAAACCCAGAGGGAGUCAUGGACGGUGACCAGGUGACGGACGAAGAACUCAUCGACUUCAUCCAGCAUUGUAAUAUGACUCCCGAGGAGGUCUUGAAGCGUCUGGAUGACAUGGAAGACAUGGAAAACGAAAAAUCUGGCUCACUGCGAUUUGGCUCCGAAGCAUUCCAGAACAAUGUGAACAGUUUCAUGUCAAGAGUGGGAAUGACUGUGGAGAGCCUCGCUGAUUGUAUCCGGAGAUUAUUUGGAGUCAGCAGCGACGAAGAAGAUCAGACGACCACGGCCGCCUCUGCCGACCCGUGAUGAGGUGACCUGCUCACCUCAGGUCACGACAUGACCUCCUGGUUUGGCGACCAGGCGAUCCGCUGACCUCAGGUCGCGGGGUCACAGUCCACAGGCCGCCAAACGGGGGCGAUACGACAGCUGUGCCGGUCCGAUGGUGUCCGACUAUUCGGUUUGCUGAUUGUCUAAACUGAACCUGCGACGUCUCCCUUCAUAUAAUCAAUGUGUUUGAUAAAUGUGCUCCACCCUGCCCUGCGGCCUGCACCUAACUAACCUAACCUAACCUCCACCAGAAGCGUAGGCACAGUGUACUGUGUAGUAGUUGUGAAGUAUUUUCUGCUUGUAGAUCGUCAAUACAAAAGUU